AUGGCUUCACCCGAGUACACGCUUCCUGCGUACUACAGAGACGGUGUGGUGACCUUCCCCGCGUACGUCUCGUUGCCACCAUCGGCUCGCCCUGACUUGCAAGCGUGCCUGGCUGCCCAUCAAACACCAUCGGUCAAAUGCAUAACUCUAUCUGCCGACAUCAGAUCGCCUCGAUCGCAAUCGUGGAACACGCCGACAUACAAGCAACAAAUCGCACUCAGGUGGGGCAUCUCGGUCGACCGCAUUCGCGCACUCAGCAUCUCUAUUGAUGAUCAAUUCGUCCUCAUCGAGGACCACGACGACUGGCACGAUUGGGCCCGCGCCACCUUCGCCUGGAUAGGCAGGGCUAAUCACAGGCACGAUCCCGACGCUCCCAAAACUGUCGAACCAAUCCAUAUCAAGGUCUUGAUCGACACGCCAGCGCAAGUGCAACUGUCGACGCCGCGGCCCUCGCAAUCUGUCAGUCGGGCGUCGCCAACAGCCACUUCAUCCACUAGCACUUCAGCGGCUGGCGCUCAGCAUGGCGACGUUGCAAGUUCUGCUGGAACACCCUCUCAGCAUACAGAUGAGCUGACUCUUAUGCGCUCAACGUCACCUGCGCUCUCGUCGUCUCACAGCGUAUCCCUCCCGUCGAUGCCCUCAGCGCCGCGCCCCCAGACGGACACUGCCAGCACGCCAGCCCCGCAGCAACAGACUUUCAAUGCCGCUUCGACAUCGGCUGCCGCGUUGGCGAACGAUAUCGCCGGAUCUGUCCUUCAAGCACUUCAGCCUGUCUCGCGCGAUCUGCCCGUCGUCCUGUCCAGCCUCAUCCUGUCGGCCAUCCCGCAGGCACUCAACUCGAUUCACAGCGUCAGUGGUGGCAUCCAUCCUGCACAAGGCACGCAGUCCGCGCAAGCAUCCCCGGCUCCAUCCCCGUCAGCCGCCUCCAGCUCCACCGCUCCUCCUGCGCCGACACGGCCUGUCGACACGACUUUGCAGGAGGAGGAUGCAACAAGCGUCAGCGCCCCAGCGCAGCAGAGACAGUCGCUGAUCGAAGGCAUGUUGGACGAGCUCGCUCGUGUGCGUGCACAGCCAGCACCCAACGCAGCCUCGCAGGCGACGCCUUCGCCCUCCGAUGCUGCACAAGAGCCCGCCGCCGAAUCCACGAUGAGCGCCGAGCUCGGGCACGCGUUCGCCGAGAUGCUGUCGCAGCCCGAUGCCGGCGCCCUCGCCCAACCUGAGCGACAGGCCACAGACGAUGAUGAGACGUUCUCGAUCGUAUCUACACCUGUCUCGAGGGGCAACGCAGCACGCUCACGAUCCCGCUCCCGCUCUCGCUCACGGUCUCCGCGCCUUGGCGUCUCGGGGGUGAUGUUGACACUGCUCACGCUGUUCACUUUCCUCAUUGGGCUGGUUGUGCCUGUAUCCGGUAACGCGCUGAACCCGCACGCGCCCAUGCUUGCACGCGACACUCCAGUGGUUGGACGACAGACGCGUCAGCUGCAUCUGUGCAAGUGUACGUGUUUUCAGACCAACUCUACGCUCGUCCCGCUCUAUGCACCUGCCGACCCUGCCAAGCCGUGCGCCACAUGUACGCGCCAAUUCUGCCUCGACCAAAGCCUGGACAUCUGCAAGGGCGCAAAGCUCGAGCAUACCGACCACGAUGUGGGCACAGGCUUCGAGGGCGAUGUUUGGGCAAAGUGCUUCGAGAGAGAUAGCUACAAAGACCAGUCCAUCAUCACGCUCUAUUUGCUCGUGCUUGUUGCCCUCGUCGCGUUCGCAGCUCUAAGGACUAGGAUGGAGGGUUGGUAUCACGACUACCAGAGGUUGGGUCCGCAGGGUAUCUAUGAUGCCGUACGUCAGUCGCCAUGGCGCACAUCCGCACAUUGA